AUGGGUAAUCGAAAUACAAAAAAUAAUACACGGAAUUCACGAUCCAAUGGAUCAUUAGAUCGACAAAAUCACCGUCAGAUGGGACAGAUUACUUUACUUCGAUCCAUUUCAACAUGUUCUCAUUUCUCAACAAAUGCAAACGCAACAGAUGAAAAACAGAACAGAUCAGAAUUGUUGACAAAACGGAUUGGUUCUCAUCGAUCACUAUCAUAUGCGCCAUCAUCAAACUCAAUCGUCUCAUCGAUUAGUACUGAAAUAAUCCCAUCACGUACUGUUGCUGAUAAUUCUGCAAUAAGCAUGUCUUCACAUACAAUCAUUCCCGAACUAACGAAACGUUGUUAUACAGUUGAUUGUAACGAUGUUCAACGAAUUCGUAUUUCUUGCCGUUUAUUCGAUAGAAGGAUUGGUGCUCCAACCGAUAUUAAUUCUGCAAUUAGCUUGCAACAGAAAAAAACAAGUGAUAAUGAAUUAUCAACGCUGAAAAUGCCAUUGAAAAAUCUUUCUGUUACCAUUUCAAACUCGAAAACAAUGAAUAAAAGAAAAUCGCUCUCAACUG